CCGCCGCCGCCGCCGCACUACGCCCCCGCUCGGGGCUGCCGCCACCCCGACCGCCACCGCGCGCCGUCGGUCCGCCACACGCUCUUGCGCCAGAGAUCUUGCGCCCCCCUGCCCCGCGAUCUUCACCCACGAUCUGCAAGCAGAAUCCCUGUUUGAAAUAAAAAGGACUCUGUAAGCAUUUAUGGUGGCUAAGCAACAACCAAAUUCCAAAAGUUUAGCGGAACAUACGCCGGGUAGAGCCCAUAAAGACGUAGGGCCAUUGGGGGCAUCGACACACACUAUGCACAGCAACUGCUCAAAGAAAUGCCUCCAAGGUAAGUGCUCAAGUAUCUUGUGUUUUCAGAAGUUUUAGCGGACUAGAACUUGUAGAGCUCAUUUAGCAUGAAACAUGGAAAUGUGACUCUGAUUCAAGAGAGUAUGAUGCAAGUUUUCUCACAGUAUUAAGAUUUCCUUUGUGAUAACAUUUCUUCAUGAAAAGUACAGAUAUAAAUUUUCAUUUUGUCCUAAUGCUUCAGUGCAUAGUUUCUCCAGAUAUGGUUGUUUGCAAGCCCACCUGGUAUGAAAUUAUUUUGGAUAUACAAUGCCAUUGAUUAUUGCUAUGAGAAUGAGAUUCAUUUUUUAUCUGCUAAAUCAUCAAGCUACAGAAAUCAAUGGGGAUCAGAUAUGGCCUGAUUGCAACAUCCAAGACAUUCUAACGCCAUGAAAGGUACUCCAUCUUUUAUAACAAAGAAUUGUGUGCCUUCAACCGGAAGCAACCCACACACUGGCCAUAUGCGGCAACGCCGCGAGUAUUUCUAGUGAAAAUACGAUUUUAGGAAAGGAAACUGGGCUCUAGUCUUCAUGAGAUCAGUUCAGAUUGAAAAAAGAAGGAAACUAAAAGCUGCCGAGAAAGGGAAGCCCAUUUCCCGAAAAGGCCGCCGACACAGUAACCGGAGCCCAUUUGUACUAGUACCAUGGCAAGCCCAGCUCCUACCCGGCCCACUCCCCCAUCCAUCCUCCGCUCACCGUUCGUUCCAAAACCCUAGCUCAUCCGACGGCCACGAGGCGCCCAUCGCCGGAAUAUAAGUCCGCUUCCCACCCAAACCCCGAGCUUCUCCGCGCACUCCAUCUCCCUCCCCGCCGCCGCCGCCGCCGCUCGCAGCCGCAUCGGCCAUGGGGGCGUACAAGUACGUGUCGGAGCUAUGGAGGAGGAAGCAGUCCGAUGUGAUGCGCUUCGUGCAGCGCGUCCGCUGCUGGGAGUACAGGCAGCAGCCGGCGAUCGUCCGCCUCACCAGGCCCACCCGCCCCGACAAGGCCCGCCGCCUCGGCUUCAAGGCCAAGCAGGGCUAUGUUGUUUACCGUGUCCGUGUCAGGCGUGGUGGUAGGAAGAGGCCCGUGCCCAAGGGUAUUGUCUAUGGCAAGCCAAAGCACCAGGGUAUCACCCAACUCAAGUUCCAGAGGAACAAGAGGUCUGUUGCUGAGGAGAGGGCUGGGCGUAAGCUGGGUGGACUGAGGGUUCUCAACUCCUACUGGGUGAACGAGGAUAGUACGUACAAGUACUUUGAGGUCAUCCUCGUUGAUGUUGCCCACACUGCCAUCCGCAACGACCCCAGGAUCAACUGGCUGUGCAAGGAUGUGCACAAGCACCGCGAGCUCCGUGGCCUCACCUCUGCUGGCAAGAAGUACCGUGGUCUGCGCGGCAAGGGCCACACCCACCACAAGAACAGGCCCUCCAGGAGAGCCACCUGGAAGCGCAACCAGACCCUCUCCCUCCGCCGCUACCGUUGAGCUCUGUGCCUGGAUACUGGAACCCCCAUCCCAAGCAAAACUUCGGCUGUGUUUGGUUGCAUUUUUCAAAUUUUGGUACUUGUGUUCUGAGCACUUGGAACUAUGUUAGAUGUCUACUAUGGAGCAUAUGUCGUGAACUAUUUGCAAUUUGGCUGUGUUAUCAGACAAAGAAUGGUUAGUGAUCUAAUGCUGUGUGCUGCUGUGUACUCACGAUGAUUGCAUCUUUGCA